UUUUGAGCAUCUACAUCACUCAAAGUGUAGACCCUAUACCAAAAUGCUGAAGUUCUUCGUUCUUUUGUCUGUGGCCGCUGUGGCAUUCAGUGAGGUUCUUCCCGGACCUCAUGAUUUCAUUAACGGCAUCAAGGAUCUCGAAGAGGGCCGCUUCACCGAAUACGAUGAUAAUAGCUUCGUUGUCGGUGGCAACACUGCCUCCCCUGGCCAGUUCCCAUACCAGGCUUCACUGAGGAGCUCCGGAAAUGCUCACUUCUGCGGUGGUUUCAUUGCCAAUAACCGCUGGAUUGUAUCUGCUGCUCACUGUACCGUUGGACGUUCCCUGGCCAACACCAUUGUGGUCUUGGGUGCUCACUCCAGAACUACUGGUGGAACCCGCUUCAACUCAAACCGCAUCGUGAACCACCCCAACUACAACUCCAACACCAUUGCUAACGAUGUUUCCGUUGUUAUGACCACCGCUACCAUUGGCCAGACUAACACCAUCCGCCCAAUUGCUUUGGGAUCAACUCAUGUUGGUGGUGGAGUUACCGCUGUCCUCUCUGGAUGGGGUCUCACUUCUAGCCCUGGAAGUCUGGCUGCCAAUCUUCAGUUCCUGUCCAAACAAACCCUUACCAAUGCUAACUGCCAGAACCGCGUAGGAGGCAAUGGAAACCUCAUCUUCGCCCACAAGAUCUGCGCUGGUGGUGUUACUGGACAGGGAGCUUGCAAUGGUGACUCUGGUGGCCCACUUGCUGUUGGAAACACUGCCAUCGGUAUUGUGUCCUGGGGUAUUCCAUGCGCUCGUGGCUUCGCUGAUGUCUACGAUCGUGUCUCCAGCCACAGAACCUGGAUCAUGAACCAAUUCUAAAUCCUCUCGCCUCUCUAUCUGACCGUCUAAUAUCCUCAAACAAAUUAUCUUAAAUAGAUGCUUUUGAAUCGCUAA